GCGCGGCUGGCUAUCUGGUACUCGGCCCGGUUCUGUGCACAGUUGGCGGUGAGCGGUCCGCGCUGCCCAAGCCGGAGUCCGGGUUUUCCCAGCAAGGGAUCCAAGGCGAGAACACCGGGUGCGGCCGCCUGGGCCUGGGAGGGACUGAAAUCAGCCGGGGAGGCAUUUUCCCCCUGGGCCCGGGAGCCGAGGCGGGCGAGGGCGAGAACAGAGUUGGAGAGGUGGCUGCCGCGAGGUGCACUUGCUUUGCGUUCCGUUUAUCUAGCAGACGACCGAGGCGAUUUAAUGCAACAGUAUCCUGUCUGGGCGCUGCCAAGGCUAUGCGCGAACGCAGUCAGGACAGCCUGGCCGGACUCGUGCUGUAUGUAGGACUCUUCGGGCACCCCGGGAUGCUGCACAGGGCCAAGUACAGCCGCUUUCGGAACGAGUCCAUCACAUCCUUGGAGGAAGGCAGCCCCGGAGGCUCGGUUGGCAGCAAGGGCUCGCCGCAGCCUCCCUACCCCGCCCUGGCACCUCACCUGCCGGCUGAAGAUGCGACCUCGGCGUCCCAGGAGAGCCCCACCCCGUUGUGCACCUUGAUACCUCGCUUGGCGAGCAUGAAGUUGGCCAACCCAGCCACCUUGCUGAGUCUGAAAAACUUUUGUUUGGGUACCAAAGAGGUGCCCCGGCUGAAGCUUCAGGAAAGCCAGGACCCGGCUCCCAGCAGCCCAGCAUCCCCUGAAACCUGUCUAAACAGGGCCGUGUCUGCACCUCCGCUGCAGCCAGACCUGGUGGGCCACAGGGCUACUGCCUUAAGUCCCGAUACCUGCCCCCUUCCUGGCCCUGGGGAGCCAACGCCAGGGAGCAGGCAGGACAGGCACUUGCUGCAGCACCUGCUGGGACCGGGCAUGAACUACUACGUGAGGUACAUGGGCUGUAUUGAAGUGCUGCAAUCAAUGAGGUCACUGGAUUUUGGAAUGAGAACCCAAGUUACAAGGGAAGCAAUAAGUCUCCUGUGUGAAGCCGUCUCUGGGGCAAAUGGAGCCAUUAAAAAGCGAAAGCCUCCAGUUAAGUUCCUGUCCACAGUUCUUGGCAAAAGUAAUCUUCAGUUUUCGGGAAUGAAUAUAAAGCUGACCAUCUCAACAUGUAGCCUCACACUGAUGAAUAUUGAUAACCAACAGAUUAUUGCAAAUCAUCAUAUGCAGUCUAUUUCAUUUGCCUCUGGAGGGGAUUCUGAUACUACAGACUAUGUUGCCUAUGUAGCUAAAGACCCAGUUAAUCAACGAGCCUGCCAUGUAUUGGAAUGCCGCAACGGAAUGGCCCACGACGUCAUAAGUACCAUAGGGCAGGCUUUUGAACUCCGGUUUAAACAGUAUUUGAAAAAUCCUUCUUUGAACACUUCUUGUGAAAGUGAGGAGGUGCCCAGUGACGGCCGUGCCGAGGAGAGAGAGGAUCAUGAGUAUUACAAUGAAAUCCCAGGGAAGCAGCCACCUGCAGGUGGCGUUUCAGAUGUGCGGAUCAAAGUUCAAGCCACAGAACAAAUGGUUUACUGCCCCAUACGGUGUGAGAAGUUGUGCUAUUUGCCUGGAAACUCCAAGCGCAGCAGUGUAUAUGAGAACUGUUUAGAACAAAGCAGGGCAAUAGGUAAUGCACAGGAGACAGGGGCGCAGCCACAACGAGACACCUUGUCAAGGAAGCACACGUGUCGAGUGGAGCUCUUCGAUGACCCCUGCUACAUUAAUACACAGGCUUUUCAGAGCACACUUGGCUCAGGCCGAAAGCAGAGCUCAGCUCACCCCCUGGGGAGCCCAUGGCACAGUGAAAAAGUACCAGAAACUGUUCAGCCAGGUGCCAUGGCCCAGCCUGCCAGCUCACAUGCUUUGCCACACAUUAAGCAGCAGCUGUGGAAUGAAGACUGCUACCAUGGCAAGCUGAGCAGGAAGGCAGCAGAGAGCCUUUUGGUAAAGGACGGAGACUUUCUGGUUCGAGAGAGUGCAACGUCUCCUGGCCAGUAUGUGCUGAGUGGGCUGCAGGGAGGCCAGGCAAAACAUCUUCUCCUGGUGGAUCCUGAAGGCAAGGUGAGGACCAAGGAUCAUGUGUUUGAUAAUGUUGGCCACCUUAUCAGAUACCACAUGGAUAAUAGUUUGCCAAUCAUCUCGUCUGGAAGUGAAGUAAGCCUUAAACAACCAGUAAGAAAAGAUAACAUCCCAGGACUUUCGCAUUCCAACAAAUGACAAUAUGGAAGUACCAACACACUGAUAUUUCAAGAAAGUCCCUUUUGUAUUAAGAUACAGAGAUAAUUCAGACUUGGUGUCUAGACAAAACAGAGCACAGACUGUGAAGUGUAUCUUUCUGAGAGCAUCAUGGAUUAGGUUCUUUAUAAAACAAAGAACUAACAAAAACUGAUCUCCAGAAAGUGAAAAUCUGAGAAGCAGAAGAAGACUGGUCGAUUUGAGAAGAAAUGAUGCAUAUGCACGGAUCACUUUUUAAGGCCCGAUUGCAUUGAUACCAAGCUAAAAGCACAAUUGAAAUUUCAUACGCUAAGGACAACUUUAAUGAACUGCUGGGGCAGUGGUAUGUGCCUUUCAACUCGAUCAUUUGGGAACAUUUUCAUAUUGGGGAGGUUAGUAUUAAUUGUCUUCAUAUUCUAUAAAUACAGAACAAUUUGCCAAAAACAAGUUUUUCCUUGACACAAAAAUAAGAAGCAAUUUGCUCAAUAGUUAUUGACUUUAUUACAUUUUCUGUUUAGUAGUACUUUCACUGCAAUAUUAAAAUAAAUUUGACACUGAAUUAAGACUGUGUCUGUGCCAGUGGAACCAAAUCAAAGCCACUGAAUUGAUGUUUCAUUGGCCUACCCCAUUUGCUGGUUAAAGGGCUGGGGCCCAAAUUCUUUGGCCUAGUGUUUCUCAAUCUUUGCUGUUUGGACUGUUUUUAUGCAGCACAGGACAAGCUGAAGAGGCCAAAUCUGUCAGUCAUUCUGACUUCGUCAUGCCUCUCCCUCCUUCCCUCCUCCCUACCAAAAAGAAAAAGGGAAAGCUCAUGAGCACAUGGAUUUAAGAGAUGGCAAACAAACCAAUGUUUUUCAUAUUCAAUAUCCAAAUUAGUUUCAUUCUUAUCUAAAGUACUGAAUUUAUUUGAAAGUAUUGGGAAAUACCCUCUUGAUUGACUGUUGGAAUCAUUAUCCUUCAUCUAUAUGAUCCUGAGCACCAUUUCUAGAUAUGAUCAGACAUAAUUUAGAAGGGAGAAAACAUAUCGGACUAAACAGUUGGAAAAGUUUGCUACACAGAGGUGCGCUGGUCAACUGAUGGGGUAAUCACGCACUGUGUAGGGAAAAGUGCUGGAGGGGUCUCAUCAGUGUGACCUUGAGGCAAGCUGCUGAACCUGCCUGGAAUCUAACUUUUUCCUCUGUAAAUGAGGGAGCUGGGCUAGACUAGUUCAGAGAUCUGUAUUAGCCCUAACAUAAUAUGAGUCUAAAAAAAGCAAAUUUUCCAUUUAUUAGGGGUCAAUCAAUGUUGAUAAGCAGUCUGUAUAACUAGGGCAAAAACUUCAUCUUUUUCUUUUUGUCUGUGUCUAUACUCACAGAAUGAAUGGCACAACUAAGAUCAGCAUUCAAAGAGCAGCAACCCUGAGCUUAUUAAUCAAACACAUUGAAACUUUGGAAUGGCAGAAGUGGAUUUGGUUGUUUUCAGUAGCAGAAAACUGCUUCAGUUCUUUACCCACCUUUGCAUGUAGACAUAUGGCCAUUACUUUAGUGUUUUUUAUUCUGAGUUAUCUAGACAACUGCCUUAACUUCACUUCAUUUUGGCUGUGUAGAUACAACUUAAUCUUUGGAAAUUUGAUAUAUUUGCUAAAUUUUAAAUAUGAGGAGCUUCUUUUGAGUAGAAAUCAUCAGAAAUCAAGCACACUGUAAUAUUUUUAUGUGAAGGUUUAUGAUUGUAUUUUAGUUCUACUGCCAUGGAUUUCUUGAGUAGGUUUAUUUCUUCUUAGGCAACCAGGAAAUGAUGUAUUUUUCCUGGUUUCACCUUAGUUCUUGAUUAUAUGUCCUUAAGAGGAUCAGUGUGGGUAUAGGUCAUAGAAAUCUAUAGGUGAUCUAAUCACCUUUAUCAGAGACAGAGCAGAGCUGUGGUCUCAGUCUGGUUGUGCAGAAUACUAAGUGGGUAGCAAGAAAGAGUUCCUGAUACAAAAGAUGUAGAGUAUAUAUGGUGUGAGCAGUCCACACGGGUAAUCAGUAUUUGACUGGAAUGGCAAAGGAGUUGGAUAAGCAAAGACUGCACUUACAGGUACCACAGACACAGUGAAAACAAAAUGAAACAAAUGUUUGAUUGCAUGCUCUUUAAUAACACACUUUAUCUUCAUCCAUCUUAAAGUGGAAAUCCAUUUGCCUAUAAAUACCUGUAAAUGACUUUUCAAAAAAAAUAAAUGGUUAUUGCUUUGUGACA